AGCGGGUGUGUGGGGGGCCCCACAAUUACUCCUCCCCCUUCUUUUGCCAUAGCACUAAGGUAUUGGGAACAAACUCCUGGCUCCGCUCUUCUCCCAGCCACAGCAGCGCGCCCUUCAGCGUCUGCGCUCCUACAGAGCACCAUCAUGCUCCGCACCUUCCCUACUGUGGCCACCGUGCACCCCCCAUCUCUGCAAGCCUCGGCUCUUGCCCUCCUCCCCUAACGCGGUGUCGGUAACGCGGAAGCCUGUGUCCGGGCCUAGGCGCUGCAUACAUAGCGUCCCUCGAACUCGGCGAACCUACAGUAGUCCUUGUUAGAAAAACCAGGGCUCCUCUCCCGCACAGGCUAGUGGAGAAAUCUGCCUUCACGCCCAGGAUUGAAGAAGGGCAGGUGAUGGCCCCUAGAGUAGUUGUGGGUCAAUCUCUUUCAGCUGUGUCCCAGCCUCUUCCUCGAGGAGGCUCUUUAACCCCGAGGGUUGUGCCCAGCGCGCUGCAACGCCAUUGGCGUAGCCAAGGGCUAGUUGUGUUUCCCUGUCUAGUCCUUUUGUCCCGUGGCAAGUUGGCUGUCUGUUGGGGAAGUCAGAGGUGGCGACUUCAACUCCGUCGGAGGCAACUCACUUUGUUGGAGGGAUGUACAGGGGGCAGCCAUUUUGGGGGGUGCUGAUGGAUACCUGCGGGGUCGGCUAUGUUGCCCUGGGGGAGGCCGGCCCCGUGGGGAACAUGACUGUGGCAGACUCUCCUGGACAAGAGGUGCUAAAUCAGCUUGAUGUCAAGACCUCUUCAGAAAUAACCAGUGCAGAGGCUUCCAUAGAGAUGUCAUUACCUACCCCUUUACCUGGAUUUGAAGAUUCUCCUGAUCAGAGGAGGCUCCCUCCAGAGCAGGAAAGCCUCUCCAGACUGGAACAGCAAGAUCUUUCUUCAGAGAUGUCAAAGGUCUCAAAGCCUAGGGCCUCAAAGCCUGGCCGGAAGAGAGGUGGUAGGACACGAAAAGGCCCCAAAAGGCCCCAACAGCCUAAUCCUCCAUCAGCCCCUCUGGUUCCUGGUCUCUUAGAUCAAUCCAACCCUCUGUCCACCCCCAUGCCUAAGAAACGAGGUCGAAAGUCCAAGGCAGAGCUGCUACUGCUGAAGUUGUCAAAAGACCUAGAUCGGCCAGAAUCUCAAUCUCCAAAGAGGCCCCCUGAGGACUUUGAGACCCCUUCUGGGGAACGACCCCGCCGAAGGGCUGCCCAAGUGGCACUUCUGUAUCUUCAGGAACUGGCUGAAGAGCUCUCAACAGCCCUGCCUGCUCCUGUGUCCUGUCCUGAGGGCCCCAAGGUGAGCAGCCCCACCAGACCGAAGAAGAUCCGGCAGCCAGCAGCCUGUCCAGGUGGAGAAGAGGUGGAUGGUGCUCCACGGGAUGAAGACUUUUUUCUCCAGGUUGAGGCUGAAGAUGUGGAAGAAAGUGAGGGCCCAAGUGAGAGCUCAUCUGAACCUGAGCCUGCAGUGCCCCGAAGCACCCUGCGAGGAUCUACUUCAGGGAAGCAGAAGCCACACUGCCGGGGAAUGGCUCCCAAUGGUUUACCAAAUCACAUCAUGGCUCCUGUUUGGAAGUGCCUCCAUCUCACCAAGGACUUCCGAGAGCAGAAACAUUCAUACUGGGAGUUUGCUGAAUGGAUUCCUUUAGCCUGGAAGUGGCACUUGUUAUCUGAGCUUGAGGCCGCUCCCUACCUGCCCCAGGAGGAGAAGUCUCCAUUGUUUUCUGUACAACGUGAAGGGCUACCUGAAGAUGGCACGCUCUACCGAAUAAACAGAUUUAGCUCGAUCACAGCACAUCCAGAGCGCUGGGAUGUGUCUUUCUUCACGGGGGGACCGCUCUGGGCUCUGGACUGGUGCCCAGUGCCAGAGGGGGCCGGAGCCUCCCAAUAUGUGGCUCUUUUCUCCAGCCCUGACAUGAAUGAGACACACCCACUGAGCCAGCUUCAUUCGGGUCCUGGGCUGCUCCAGCUCUGGGGCCUUGGGACUUUGCAGCAAGAAAGCUGUCCUGGCAACAGGGCCCACUUUGUCUAUGGCAUUGCUUGUGACAACGGCUGCAUCUGGGACCUCAAGUUCUGCCCAAGUGGAGCAUGGGAACUUCCAGGCACCCCUCGGAAGGCUCCUCUCCUGCCCCGGUUGGGUCUCUUGGCUUUGGCCUGCUCAGACGGGAAAGUACUGCUAUUCAGUCUACCCCAUCCGGAGGCCCUGCUGGCUCAGCAACCCCCAGAUGCAGUGAAGCCUGCCAUAUAUAAGGUACAAUGUGUGGCAACUCUGCAGGUGGGGUCUAUGCAAGCUACAGACCCCUCUGAGUGUGGUCAGUGCCUUAGCCUGGCCUGGAUGCCUACCAGGCCCCACCAACACCUAGCUGCUGGAUAUUAUAAUGGCAUGGUGGUUUUCUGGAACCUUCCCACUAACUCACCCUUGCAGCGGAUACGGCUCUCUGAUGGCUCCUUAAAGCUCUACCCCUUCCAGUGUUUCCUAGCCCAUGACCAGGCUGUGCGUACCCUUCAAUGGUGCAAAGCUAACAGCCAUUUCCUUGUCUCUGCGGGGAGUGACCGGAAAAUCAAAUUCUGGGACCUUCGACGACCUUACGAACCCAUAAACUCUAUCAAGCGCUUCUUGAGUACAGAACUGGCCUGGCUGCUCCCUUACAAUGGUGUCACUGUGGCUCAGGACAACUGCUAUGCCUCUUAUGGACUCUGUGGGAUUCAUUAUAUUGACGCUGGUUACCUUGGUUUCAAGGCCUACUUCACUGCUCCUCGAAAAGGCACCGUUUGGAGUCUUUCAGGAUCCGACUGGCUUGGGACAAUAGCUGCAGGAGAUAUAUCCGGGGAGCUCAUUGCUGCUAUAUUACCAGAUAUGGCACUGAAUCCGAUAAAUGUCAAGCGACCUGUAGAGCGAAGAUUUCCUAUAUAUAAAGCAGAUCUGAUACCAUAUCAGGACAGUCCUGAAGGUCCAGACCAUUCUUCUGCUUCCUCUGGGGUCCCCAACCCUCCCAAGGCUCGAACUUAUACUGAAACUGUCAACCAUCACUACUUGCUCUUUCAAGACACAGAUUUGGGUUCAUUCCAUGAUCUGCUCCGUAGAGAACCAAUGCUGCGCAUGCAGGAGGGAGAGGGGCAUUCUCAACUCUGCCUGGACAGGCUGCAGCUGGAGGCUAUUCAUAAGCCUUGGCCCACACCAGAUCCUUGGAGUGAAGUCGGUCAAGAACAAAUGGCCCCUAUGCACAGAGCCAUAGGAACUGGGGGCCUUCCCUGGACAGUGAUCAUGCCAGGCCUGGACCUUUAGGCCUGCCUCCCCAGGACUCCUUAGAUCCCACUCUUUCUACAGACUUCUGUGAUCACAGCCCCCUGCGGGCAGGGGGGCUCUCCCUCCACCAAUUCUCAAGGCUCCUCAGCCUAAGACUAUGGCUCAUGAGAAACACUCAGGCCUGACCUAGGCUUGGGAGUCAAACUGCUCAUAUUGAGCAUAUUGUUAAGUGGGUAAAGCCAAGUAAAGGUACUGGGUGUUUUUGCGACCACUUGUGAAUGGGUGUAUGGAGAACUGAAAAGGGUAUCUGCAUGAAGGCUCCUGUCUGACUAUUCCAGGAUCCAAUAUUACUGCCUUCUGAAACUUCCUCUUUAGGGUAACCAUCAUGUAUGCCCAUGAGGGUGAUAGUAAUUUGUGAGACUGAAGUUGCUUAGAGUACUUCUUUGACCAAGGAAUACCACAGACACCCUACCGAUAGAACAGUGGCUCAGAUCUUACUUGCUCCCGCUUACAAAGUAUUCCCAAUCACUGGUCAUCUGACCCUACUUGAACACUCCUGAACAGUCAUGUUUUUUAAAAUCUUCCUUUAUAUCAAGUCAGAGAGUAUACUUCUAUAAAUUUCACUCAUGGGUGUUAGGAAAUCUAGUCAUCUUCCCUGUGAUUGCCCUGUUAAGUAUUUAACCAUAGCUAUCAUGUGUUUCCCAAAUCUUCUCUAGAUUAAAUAUCUUCAGUUACUUCAACCAUU